AUGGCCACCGCCGCCGCCGCCUACCUGGCCACCCUAGCUUCUAUUCCCAACCCCACCGGUGGCGAGCAGGUCCUGGUUGGCGCUCUCCUUGCCGCUCUCGACAACCUCGGUCUUGCCGACCACGCCUCGUACGACCCAGACCACGGCGUGUGGCUCCGUGUCCCUUCUCGCCUUGUCGGCUCGCUCCUGGCGUGCCCCGACCUUGCCACAUGGGCUGCUCCGUUCCUUGCUGACCUCACCCCGCGGGCCUCGCGAGUCUCCGUCCUUCUUGUGGCCCACACUGAUUCGGACGUCUUGACCAAGGCUGGCUGCCGCGCUGCCCGGCUCGACGACGAUGGCACCAGGCUCGAGCUCCCGCGCGGCGAGGCUGGUCUCGACGACAAAACCGGACUUGCGGCCAUCCUUGGUCUUCUCGCUGGCCUUUCCGAGGCAAGCGAGGCCUGUGACUUGUCGUCGAGGCGGUCGCCACCGCUUCGCCUCUUUGUUCUCUUCUCCAUGUACGAAGAGGUUGGCCAGACCGGCGCUAUGAACUUACCGGACACGCUCCUAGCCUCCGGCCGGCCCAACUACACCAUUGUUAUCGACCGCAUGUCGAACCGCCACCCGCUCGGCACCCGCCGCCACGCUGUCACUGAAUACUGCGGCGUCCCGCUACUUCCCCCAUUCGAGCUCUGUAUCCAUCCGCCGCUUGUCGAUCUGCUCGGCAUCGCCUACGCGUCGGCCCCUCUCGAGCUGCCGACCUGCCCCUCCAAGUACUGUUCAGAUGCCAUAGAGUUUCGCGGACGCUUCGAUGCCGAGAUUGUGCUCCCUGCCCUAUGCGAUGCGCUUGCCGACUUGCCCGCCUCGCGAUGGCUGCGGAAGACCUGCGACGCUGCGAACAAGCUUGCCCGCGUCUACCGAAAGUCGACCGCCGCCAUGCGUCGCCUUGUCGCCGAUGCGCCCCGCGACGUCCGCGUCUGUUCCUACCGCCGCAAGCCACGCUCGACUCGAUACGCUACCCUUGCUGCCAUCUACGACUUUCUUUACCUUCCGCGCGACAUUCCGUCUCGCCACGUUUGCCUUUCAGACUUGUCGUCGUCGUCAUCGUCGUCGUCAUCGUCCUCAUCCGCGCCGUCGCCGCGCAUCAAGGCUCCGCUCUACCGCCUCCUCUCACGCAAGCUGCAGACACACGCGCGGAAGCUUUGA